CUCAUCAGCAGAACGCGCCCCUCUCCGAGCGGAAGUGCGCGAUUCCUCUCAGGUCUCUGGGCCCGAACUCGUCGGGGAUUUCUAUGGAAGAGAUGUCAGGAGAAAGCGUGGUGAGCUCAGCCGUGCCGGCUGCUACAACGCGGACCACCUCCUUCAAGGGUUCCAGCCCCAGCUCGAAGUAUGUGAAGCUGAACGUAGGAGGGGCUCUAUACUACACUACCAUGCAGACGCUCACCAAGCAGGACACCAUGCUGAAGGCCAUGUUCAGUGGCCGCAUGGAGGUCCUCACAGACAGCGAAGGCUGGAUCCUGAUCGACAGGUGUGGGAAGCACUUCGGGACCAUCCUUAACUACCUGCGGGACGGCGUGGUGCCUCUUCCAGAGAGCCGGCGCGAGACAGAGGAGCUGCUGGCUGAGGCGAAGUACUACCUGGUGCAGGGCCUGGUGGACGAGUGCCAGGCUGCUCUGCAGAACAAAGAUGCCUAUGAACCCUUCUGUAAAGUGCCCUUGGUAACAUCGUCUAAGGAAGAGCAGAGACUCAUUGCCACGUCCAAUAAGCCUACCGUCAAACUACUGUACAACAGAAGCAACAAUAAAUACUCCUAUACCAGUAACUCUGAUGACAACAUGCUGAAGAACAUUGAGCUGUUCGACAAGCUGUCUCUGCGCUUUAACGGACGCGUGCUCUUCAUCAAAGAUGUUAUCGGCGACGAGAUCUGCUGCUGGUCCUUUUACGGCCAGGGCCGGAAGAUAGCCGAGGUGUGCUGCACCUCCAUCGUCUACGCUACUGAGAAGAAACAAACUAAGGUUGAGUUCCCCGAGGCUCGUAUCUAUGAGGAGACACUGAACAUCCUGCUGUACGAGUCUCAGGACGGCCGCGGUCCAGACAACGCCCUGUUGGAGGCCACCGGGGGCGCCGCGGGACGCUCACACCACCUGGACGAGGACGAAGAGCGCGAGCGCAUCGAGAGAGUUCGCCGAAUCCACAUCAAACGACCCGACGACCGCACGCACCACCACCAGUGACCUCAGCAACCCUGUUUAAACUUCAGCCCCUGACCCUGUGCCUUAAAGACCACCAGCGCUUCAGUUAUUCCUCCCAUCCAUCCUCUUUCACAAACUGCGACCGUACACGCAGCGCUGGAGAGUGAGAGAAGGACACGCUUACAAUAAUAUUCCAAGUUUUGCCCUCAAGCUACACAUGGCUGUAAUGCCGAAUCCAUUGGGCUCCUCUUUAGUGUCCUUUAGGGGGUCUGUCAGUGCUUCCUCCACGUUUUCUUUAGGGAUCCUUAUUGUUUAAAAUGGAGACGAUCUCUUACGUUACAUUUGGGAAGCUGUGCCCAGGUUUUGUAACUGAGGUUUCAUGAGUUUAAAAAGACAGUGUUUAGGAUUCUCUCUAAAAUCAAAUAUUCAGAGACAUUUCGGUCUCAGGAGUUAAAAUGUGGACCUUAUCUGUUUAGUGCUUGACCAGAGACAUUCCCUUUGUGUUGAGCCCCAGUUUUGUGCUUUUUUCAGUGAAUGUAGCUCAUUUCCAUACAGAAAGAUUAGUAUGUGAGCUUUAAGGGUCCCCAGAAACAGCACUGUGGCCACCUUUUGGGCUUGUCGGCUGUUUCCGAACAUGAGAAGCGGUCCUGUAAAGUCACUUUUGUUGUUUAAAGGUUGUUGACGCAGUAUCAAAAACUGGCGAGCUGCUGAUUGGGCUCCUGAUUGGGGCUUCAAAGUGGACAGUGUUAUCUUUUGGCAGGUUUUGGCAUGUUCUGUGUUGUCUAAUGUGACAGGAUCUUGUUUGAGGUUUUGGAGUAUGUGUGAAAAGACUGUAGGGCCAAUAGUGUGUGUGUGCCUUAGUUUGUUGUUGUUCUGUCUUAACUGCUCAGCUUGAAAGUGGUUUGUUUGUGUCAUGUUUAUUAGGAGUCUGUCACUGUGUUUGUGCGUCUUACUCAUACUGAUGGACGGUUUUUGAGAGAUUUGGUUUUCUGUGAUGGAAAGUUUAGCUGGUUUAUGGUUUUUGAGAAAAGAGAUGAAAGAAUUUGAGUGGCGUUCCUGCUUCAGCCACCAGAGGACAGCGUUGUGCCUGUGUAUUCCAGAGUCUACGUGCUCCUCAACAUGAGCAAUAACUAAUAUCAGAAAUGUCAGCGUACUGUUUCUUGGCCGCAGAGCUGCGAGAUUACGAGAUGAAAAUCGCGUCUUGUUUCACCACGUGAUGUUUAAUUAAUCGCAGGCAGGUAACGCUGUCUCUCUCCGCGGGUCUGGUUGGUGAUUAUGCUGGGGUGAAAACUGAGACGUGGGCAGAGCCGAUGGCUUGUACGUGGCUGAUUUAGUAACAAAGGAUUAGGAGGGAACCAGAUACUGCAGGUUCUGCUGAAGAAGCACUUCCUCAAAGGAGGCAGGGAGAGGGUAGGUCUGUCAUAUUUAGAGUGCAGACCUAGAUAAGUUGACAGAUCAGUUCUCUGGGCCCACAUUCUGAAUGGAUCAAACAGAUCAGAGUAAAGGUGCUGAUCCAGAAUCAGUCUGUGCUACAUGUAUAAUUAUAGUCAUUACAGUAAGACAAGCGAAGCUGAUUCAGACCAGCACUUUCACUCUGCGCAGUUCAGUAAAUGCAAAUUUAGCUCAUCUUCAUCACAUACCGUCACAUUUUCUCACUAGUUUUAUUAAAGACAUAUUUAGAAAUGAAUAAUACAAUCUGUACAGAUGUGCACUUGAUUAAAAAAAAGUUUUACAUACUGUUAUAUUUAUACACACCUUAUCGUAAAUAAAGAUUUCUACAGAUUUCGUAGAUCAAA